UAGCAUUCAAAGUUUGACUUUAUAAAAAUGUUCAACUCAAAGUCUGUUAGUCAUGCAUAGUAAUCAUUUUUCUGUUUGGGUUUUAGUGCCACCAAGAUUCGUAGCUGAGCCUGUGUCUCAGGCUGUUAUUCCAAAGUCUACUGUACUCUUCAGAAGCGUCUUUGAAGGAACAUCUCCAUUUAUAGUGAAAUGGUUCAAGGAUGACAACGAACUCAUCACAGGACCAUCAUGUUUGAUUAAACGAGAGGAAUAUUCUUCCUCUGUAGAGCUCUGCUCAGUCGGGACUUUGCAAAGUGGAAUUUAUUCUUGCCAAGUUAGCAACGAAGCAGGCACGGUGAAAAGUGCAGCAGAGUUGGUGGUGAAAGAGCCCCCUCAGUUUGUCCUGAAACUUCCUCCCACUACCUUUGUGAAGCAGUGUGAGGCACUCCGUCUUGAAUGCAAGGCCACCAGCUCACACUCCCUGACUAUGUGCUGGUACAAAAAUGACCAAAAGCUAACGGACGGAGACAACUAUAAGAUCAUGUUUGUUGACUCAACUGCGUACCUCCAGCUGCACACCACAAGGUUUGAGGAUAAUGGAGUCUACACCUGUGAGGCUCAUAAUGAUGCUGGCAGUGUGAGCUGCAGCACCAUUCUCACAGUUCAAGAGGCCCCAUCCUUUAUUAAAACACCAAGUCCGAUAGAGGGCAUAAAAGGAAAAGAUGCCAGUCUACACUGCGAGGUGUACGGCACUCCACCUUUCCAGGUGAACUGGUACAAAGACAAAAGGCCACUAAAGGAGAGCAGAAAGUGUAAGAUGGUCAGUGAGGGCAGCUCUGCCACACUUCACAUCAUGAAAAUGGACCAAGAAGAUGCUGGUCUUUAUGAGUGCAAAGUGUCUAACAACGUAGGAACUGAAAGCUGCCGCACUACCAUUAGCCUAAAAGAACAACCAGCAUUUGUCAAGAAACUGGUGGACCAGUCAGUUACAGCCGGUCAGCAGCUAACACUGACAGCUACAGUAAGAGGCUCCGAGCCUUUGACUGUGUCCUGGGUUCAGGACAAAGAUCACAUUCUCAGAGAUGGUGACAACAGGAAGAUCACAUUUGAGAAUAAUGUGGUCACCCUUGUAGUGCCUAAAGCUGACUCAACUACAGCUGGUAAAUACACCUGCCAGCUGAGGAAUGACUCUGGAGUUGUGGAGUCUGUCUCCCAAGUGACCGUUCUAGAACCUGCUGCUGUUGUGGAUAGCCCCGAGUCCUUGAACGUCAAGUCAGGAGACAAUACAGCUAUUGAAGUCACAGUAUCUGGAACACCAGAUCUGAAAAUUAAGUGGUUCAAGGAUAACGAAGCAAUAUCUUCUGGUGCCAAGUAUCAGCUGUCCUUCACAAAGAAGGUUGCAACCCUGAAGAUUCGGUCUGCUGAUAAAGCAGACGCUGGAGAAUACAAACUACAGGUUACAAACCAUGUUGGUACAGCCUCUUGCAAAACUAAGCUCUCUGUCUCAGAUAAAUUGAUUCCACCGAGCUUCAUAAGGAAGCUGAGAGACACCCACCUUGUUGUGGGUAAACCUGGUGAGAUGGAGUGUAAGGUUGCUGGCUCUGCCCCUUUAACAACUUCCUGGUUCCACAACGGCCAGGAGAUCCAGAGUGGGCCAAACUAUGACAUCAGCUGCACUGAUAAUAGCUGCAGACUGAGAGUCCCAACAGUCAAGAUGUCCGAUUCUGGCAAAUACACAUGUAAAGCUGUAAACGCUGCAGGAGCCAGUGAGACGAGUGCUUCCAUGAAUGUGACAGAACCUCCAUCUUUUGUGGAAACACCUGAAGCGAAGGAAACAGUGCCUGGCCAAAACGUGUCUUUCUCAGCUAAAGUGAAAGGCAGUGCCCCCCUGAAGGUCAAAUGGUUUAGGGGAGCAAAGGAAAUGCAGCAUGGAAGAGGCUGCGAGAUCACCCUAAAGAACGACGUCGCCACUUUGGUGCUUCACAGAGUGGACAGGUCCCACGCAGGAGAGUACACCUGCCAGAUCAUUAACGAUGCAGGGAAGGAAAGCUGCCCAGUUAACCUGUUUGUGAAAGAACCAGUCCACUUUGUGAAGAAGCUGAAGGACAUUUCCUCUGAAAAGGGCAAACCUUUGAGGCUUGAAGUCACAUUCGCUGGAACCCCCAGAAUAAAUGUGAUGUGGAAGAAGGAUGGUAAAUUCAUCUGGGCCUCAUAUCAGUACAAUGUGAUCACCACAGACAACUCCUGCAUCCUGGAGGUUCUUUACUCCGACAAGAUGGAGGCAGCCGGUAGAUACUCUUGCGAAGUAGACAACGGAGUCGGAAGUGACAGAUGUGAAGCACAAGUGUCACUUCUAGAGCGACCAUACUUUGUUGAAAUGAUGGAGCCAGUGGAGGUAAUUCUGGGCGAUCCACUUACCCUGAAAUGCUGUAUUGGGGGAACUCCUGACAUCUCCGUAGCCUGGUUUAAAGGUGACGGAAAGCUGCGCAAGUCCAAUACUUGCUUGAUGGACUUCGUAAAGGGUGUUGCCACGUUGAAACUGACCAAAACAACCAAGUUCGAUCAGGGCGAAUAUAUCUGCAAGGCAGAGAACCGGAUUGGUUCAGCCUCUGCCAGCUGUAGUGUGGUGGUGAAAGAACCUGUGCGAUUUGUCAAGAAACUGGAGGAUGUCUCCCAUGAGCUGGGUAAACCUCUGAGGCUGGAGUGCACUUACACCGGCAGCCAGAGGGUCUACGUCACGUGGAAGAAGGACGAUCAGCAGAUCUGGGCUUCUUACGAGUACAACGUCAAAACCACCAAUUCCUCCUGUGUCCUGGAGGUCCUCAACAGUGACAGAGCCACUGCGGCGGGAAAAUACACUUGCGAAAUUUCCAAUGCUGAAGGAACUGACGUCUGUCAUGCUCAUGUUAAACUAGAGCACAAAGUCCCUCCAACCUUCACCAAGAAGCCCUCUGAGUCCAUGAUGGACUCUGCGGGUAAAACGGUGAAGAUGGAAGCUCGGGUGACUGGCUCUCAGCCACUGAGCGUCACCUGGUACAAGGGCAACAGUGAAAUCUUCAGCUCUGGCAAAUAUGAUGUCAGCUUUAAGAACAACAUGGCCGUGCUGUCUGUCAGAGAUUGUACCAGCUCUGAUGGUGGUGAAUACACCUGCACAGCUUCCAAUGAAGCUGGCAAAGCUUCAUGUCACGUUUCUCUCAACAUCUCAGUUGUUCCAGCGGAAAUAAAACUGGGUCUCUGA